UAGGCUAAUAAAAUACUUUUUUUUAGCAUUUAAAAUGCUAAACCCAAGUGAAAUGAAAAUGUUUUCUUUCACAAUUUAACAAAUCACUUUUGAUUAUUUAAAAAGAUUUUCAAAUAAUGAUUUUUUGCACAAUGGUGCCCCCUCUCGUGCAGCGGCCAUAUGGAUUGCAUAUACUGGAUACCCCAAACCCUGGGGGUGUAAUAACAAUCAACAAAACAAGAGACAAGCAAAAUAAUAGGCCUACCCAUACUUGAAAUAGGAGUCUCAGAAGCCUCAGUCUGUUGUCUAAACGUCUGGACAUGAACAUCUUUCAAGACUCCUGCUGCUCCAUUUUGGGUUUUCUCCUGGUUUUCUUUCUCCAGGGGUCAUGUACUAAUCCAGAUGUUGAGGUCCACAAAGCUGUCGGAGACUUGCUGGAUUUAAUUGCUGAUUACCCAAAAGAAGAUCUUGAAGUACAGUGGACAUAUAAUAAUGAGAUUCACAUUGCUGAGUAUGAUAACAAUAAGAUAAAAAAGCUGAAAUCUCAAUUUUACAAAAGGUUAGAGAUGAAUGAGGACAAUAUUAGUAUAAAAGUGAAAGACCUGAAACUUCAGGAUUCUGGAAUCUUCUCUAUUGUUGCAAAAACAAACUCUGUUCAAUAUCCAACAAAAUUAAUUCAGCUACAUGUUCAUGAUCUUAUCAGAGAUGUACAGAUUGAGUCCAGUAAUUCCUGGUUGCCGUCAAAAAACAUCUGCAUGUUUCAUCUUCAGUGUCAGGCAUCCGGCGAUCCGAAUCCCUCCUACAGCUGGAGCGGUGAUCUGGUCAAGACCGGACCGAACCUGAAUAUCAACCUCCGUCUAGCAGAGAGCGCUACACUCAACUGCACCGCCAACAACACCGUCAGCGUCAAGCAUACUACUAAGACUGUAGUGUGUAGAGGGAAAAAUGAGUAUUCAAGGUUCUGUGUAAAAAUGUAGAAUUCUUAAAUUCUCUAAGGAUUAUAUAAUGUUAUAUUUUAAAAUAAAGACCUUUAAGAAAAUUUUUUGCCUAGCGAUCA